AUGGAUGGACCAAUGUGUGAUCGCUAUGGGCCAAGGAAAGCCAUGGCGGGAUUACUCCUUAUUGGAGCUAUUACCAUUGGAUUGGCUGGACUCGCUUCGGACGCCAACGGGUUGAUCAUCACCAGGUUCUUUAUUGGCAUUAUCGGCGCCACCUUUGUGCCAUGCCAAUACUGGGCCUCUCGGAUGUUUUCGUACGACAUUGUCGGAACAGCCAAUGCGCUCUGCGGUGGAUUCGGCAACAUGGGAGCAGGAGUAUCCUACUUCCUGAUUCCAUUGAUUUACAACGCCAUUAACCUCGUCUUACCUCCGCACCAAGCGUGGCGAGUCACUUUUGUCGUUCCAGCCUGUCUCUGCAUUCUUAUGGCCGUAGCAGAUUAUUUCUUGGGUGAUGAUUGUCCAGGCGACGAAUGGAAGAACCGCGACUCAAGCCCAGAGCGCCAUGAUGCCGAUGUCGAAAAGCACGGACUGCCACGGACUGCCUCCGACUGUGAUUCCAUGGAGAUCGGCGACUCGGACGAUGAAAAGCCCACCGGCCAGAAGGAGACAUCAACCAAGGCCGUCAUAGUUCCCGGCCUUGUCGGGCAACCAUCCGUCGUGGUCGACUUGCUGUCACAGCUCAAGAACCCAGCUGUGCUGAUCCUGAUGAUCCAGUAUGGAUGUUCCUUCGGAGUGGAGUUGGCCGUCGACAACAUGAUCGGAGAAUUCUUCCACACGCAUUUCAAUCUCUCACAAACAACCUCCGGCAUGCUGGGAUCCAUCUUUGGACUGAUGAAUUUCUUCUCUCGCGCGACCGGAGGCAUGUUGGCUGAUUAUGUCAACACAUUGAUCGGCGAGGGCAACCAGGGUCGCAUGCUUGUCCACUUCAUCGCCUUUUUCUUGCAGGGAGCCUUUCUCAUUGGAUUCUCCUUUGCGCUUGGAACAUUGAGCUCCUCCAUCGUCGUCUUGAUCCUGUUCAGCUACUGUGUCCAAGCCGGAUGUGGCACUACAUUCUCCAUUGUCCCAUUUGCCAAUCCGAAGAGCAUGGGCACUGUCUAUGGCCUCGUUGGUGCCGGCGGAAGCGUUGGCUCCAUUGUGUUCAAUUACGUCUUCAAGGUAUACGGCACCAACUACGCUGGUGCCUUCCGUGUUAUCGGCUAUGCAGCGCUUACAGCAGCAAUGUGCACCUUGCUGCUAAAGAUUCAAGCUCGAAUGCUUCUCGGUCUACUUUUCAAGAAAUUGAACCCAUAG